CUUCUGUCCCCCCCUCGAGCUCUGCCAAGCUCCCCCGAGCUCCCCCUGCCCCCCCUGCUCCCUCUCGCCUCACGUCACCGAGCUCCUCCUGAGGCAUUAUCACCUGCUGCCGGUGAGACCCAAUUGAGGGCUUUUUUUUUUCUCGCCUCGGGAUUAGCAAACACCACCUCGGUUAUGCUGCUUCUCGUCUUACAACCCCGAAGCCUGAUGUCACUGGAAUUCCACAAGGGCCAUUGGCCUGCUUGCUUCCUCUUGAGGACAACCUCAAGCCUAUCAGCUUCGGAUUACCCCAACACAAUAUAACCUUACUCAGAAACACUCAUCCAACAUGGGUAUCUCCAAGAUCCACGCUCGCUACGUCUACGACUCCCGUGGCAACCCCACCGUCGAGGUUGACGUCGUCACCGAGACCGGCCUCCACCGUGCCAUCGUCCCCUCCGGUGCCUCCACCGGUCAGCACGAGGCUUGUGAGCUCCGUGAUGGCGACAAGGCCAAGUGGGGCGGCAAGGGUGUCCUGAAGGCUGUCGAGAACGUCAACACCAUCAUCGCCCCCGAGCUGAUCAAGGCCGGCCUGGACGUCAAGGACCAGACCGCUGUUGACAACUUCCUUGUCAAGCUCGAUGGCACCCCCAACAAGACCAAGCUUGGCGCCAACGCCAUCCUGGGUGUCUCUCUGGCCGUCGCCAAGGCCGGUGCCGCUGAGAAGGGCGUCCCUCUGUACGCUCACGUCUCAGACCUUGCCGGAACCAAGAAGCCCUACGUCCUGCCCGUUCCCUUCAUGAACGUCCUCAACGGUGGCUCCCACGCCGGUGGCCGUCUGGCCUUCCAGGAGUUCAUGAUCGUCCCCUCCGACGCUCCCUCCUUCACCGAGGCCCUGCGCUGGGGCGCUGAGGUCUACCAGCAGCUCAAGAGCCUGGCCAAGAAGAAGUACGGCCAGUCCGCCGGCAACGUCGGUGACGAGGGUGGUGUUGCCCCCGAUAUCCAGACCGCCGAGGAGGCCCUCGAGCUCAUCACCGAUGCCAUCGAGAAGGCUGGCUACACCGGCAAGAUGAACAUUGCCAUGGACGUCGCCUCUUCCGAGUUCUACAAGGUCGAUGAGAAGAAGUACGACCUGGACUUCAAGAACCCCGAGUCCGACCCCACCAAAUGGAUCACCUACGAGCAGCUUGCCGCCCUGUACGGAGACCUGUCCAAGAAGUACCCCAUCGUCUCUAUCGAGGACCCCUUCGCCGAGGAUGACUGGGAGGCCUGGAGCUACUUCUACAAGACCCAGAACAUCCAGAUCGUCGGUGAUGACCUGACCGUCACCAACCCCAUCCGUAUCAAGAAGGCCAUCGAGCUCAAGGCUGCCAACGCCCUGCUGCUCAAGGUCAACCAGAUCGGAACCCUGACCGAGUCCAUCCAGGCGGCCAAGGACUCGUACGCCGACGGCUGGGGUGUCAUGGUCUCCCACCGCUCUGGUGAGACCGAGGACGUCACCAUCUCCGACAUCGUCGUCGGUAUCCGGGCCGGCCAGAUCAAGACUGGUGCUCCCGCCCGGUCUGAGCGUCUCGCCAAGCUCAACCAGAUCCUGCGUAUCGAGGAGGAGCUUGGCUCCAACGCCAUCUACGCUGGCACCAACUUCCGCAAGUCCGUCAACCUGUAAGCUGGCUGCGAGGAGGCACGCUGAGGGCGUGAAGGCGAUUUUGAGCAAUUGAGAUAUCCCAUUGAGCGUCGACAUAUUGGAAAAGGACGCGUUAGUGCUAGUUACGAAAACCUGGCUCGAUCAUCUGCGGGCCACCAGCCUGCAUUCUAUGACCUAAGAUGACCGAAUAAAAGUUAUGAUGAAUAUACCAAACCAACAG